GCUAUAUAUGCGGCGUGAGACGUGCUCCCACCAGCUACUCGCUUCUACUCCGAGAAUUACGUGAGAUCAAAAGAAGGAAAGGAGUGACAGAAGGCAAGGCGGCGCCCGUCGAACGUUGUCCGCCGUCCUACCAGCAUUGCCAGGAGACCAGAAGCACGUCGAAGACUAGUGUGAUAUAUGCGUCCACUGGUGUCGCCAAUGGGAUCCGGUGCUGGCGCAAAACAGGCUCCUCCCGAGGAGCCUAAAGCCGCCGCCGACGCCGCGUCACCAGCGGCUGAGGCGCCAACUGUCGACUCGCGUUUGCCAUAUCCGAAUUUUCGCGAAUUGUUUACGCUGAAGAACUACUGGAAAACGGUGCGACGUAACGACAAGGAGUGUGGAAAGAUCAUGUUAGCCAAAUAUCUGAACCAGCACCCGGAAAGCGCUGGUCUCUAUCCAAAGCUGAAAAACAUCGAUGGAGCGACUGUUAAUGCAUCAUGUAACAAUCCAGGAUUCGAAACAGUUGCCGCUAAUUACUUACAGGUGUUUGACGAUGUGAUAACAGCGGUUGAAGAGAAACCCGGAGACGUACAGCCGGCUUGUGAUCGGUUGGUAGCUGUCGGAAAAAUGCACCGAACUAAGGUAUCCGACAUGCAAAACAGUGCUUUUCAAGAUAUGGAGGAACCAUUUCUCGAUAUGGUCAAGGGUGCGCUACAAGAUCGCUUCAACGAAAAAGCCGAGGGACUCUUCCGAAAAUUCUUUCAGUUUUGCUUAAAAUAUUUACUGGAGGGCUUCAAUGGCUGAGUCACCAAAUCCUCUGUUAGGCAAAGUU